GCAACACCACGAGACUGCGCGCAGCGAGACUGCGCCUCGAGAUCUGCGAUACACCUGCCCGCAAUACUGGGCGACCCAACACCAUCACUUGACGUCUAUCUCGGUCUGCUCCUCCCUGUCCGAGAAGCCAGACCACCCAGCACGAGCUGGGCAACACUCAACAUGGCAGCGAAAAAGGCCGCGGAUGUAUUGCAUGAACUGGAAGACCUCCAGUCAAACCAUGAGAUUUCAAUCAUCAGACUCAGCGAACCAAUAUCCUCGGCGUUGCCACAGACGGGCCAGGGAACCAACACCGCCCGCACCUCAGACGUGUCCAGCUCAUCCGCAGACGCGACGCCGGCGAGCCUGGAGGCUGACCUGGCGCAUUACAAGGAGUUAUUUGCGAAGCUACGUUUCUCAUACGUCGAGCAGGUCACCAAGGAGAAGUUCAUCCGCGCCAUUGUCGGGGAGCCGCCCCUGAUCGUGACGCCACAGGAGAAUGUUGAGCUGGAGAAGCAGAACGCGGCGGCCAAGGCGCAGCUCAAGGCGCUCAAGAUGGAGGUCGCCGACACGGUGGAGGAGCUGGAGAGAAAGGGACGAGAGCUGUGCAGGAGGUACGAGACCGUGCAGAUGGAGACGGCCACGCUGCGGGAGAUGCCGGGGAGGAUCGCCGGGCUGGAGGAGAGGAUCGCGCAGCUACGGGAGCAGCUGCAGCCUGGUGGGGACCCAAGCCGCAACCUGCCACUGGCAAAGACGCUGGAGCUGGUCGCGGAGAAGAAGCUGCAGAGACACGACCUGGAGAGGCAGCUGGAGCAGCUUCGUGCGCAGGUCCCCCGCAAGAGGAAGGAGAUGGAGAGGCUGCAGACCGAACUGCAGCCCCUUGAGGUCAAGAGGCAGAACAGCCAGGCGGCGGCGAGAGAGGCGCGGCGGAGGAAGGAGCAGGCACUUGGGGGCAUCGAGGAUGACCUAGAGGAGCGGGGCAGGUGGUGGAGGGCUUCCGAGGCAGCACUGAAGCAGAUGUUGGAGAUUGAGGGCUGACUCUGCAUCACCGGACUGUUUUGGCCAUGCAUGUUUGGCGUUUUGGUGUUUAGGAUGGACGGUUGCAAAUUAUACCACGGGGGACGAGCAAGUGUCCCCGCCGCAGCCACUGGGCCGCAGCCUGGUUUCCAGGGGCCCAAGUGAGGGCGUCGAGGGCGUCUGGGCUGUCCAUAUGUAGGAUUUCAGAGCUGUCGCGGGUAGGGAUCUGUUUAUUUGCCAUUGCUCCAUCGGUUCAUCUAUGCGUGCAUCCAUCCAUCCCAUGGCUGGCCUCCAUACGACUAUUACCCACGCAGGUAGGUACUGUGUGCUGUGUACUGUGUACUCAGCGUCCAAGGCGACCAGGAUCCGACGGGCAGCCUGGCAGCCCGGGUUGGCCAUGACGGACCAACAACGGCGUGUGGACUUAUGAUGAAGUAUGCAGUAGUCAUUAGUACUGUGCGAUGAGAACUACACAGUAGUUCAUGUCGAGGAUGACCUGAACAAGGGACUUAAUUAUUGUGAGGUCAUCGUCGUCCCGCAAGCCGCGACGGCGCGAUGGGAUGGAUGCCCUCCCUCCGGAGAAGUCGCCCCCCUUUGGCCGGCCCCCUGCCAGCCUGCCUAAUGCAACCAAGGCCAUUUUCUGUGACAAAACCUUUCGAGGGGCAAUUCUAGGCCCGCCAAAAACUUUUUCAGUGGCGACGUCGUAGCUCCUUACCCCGCGUUUAGCGGGCCCCGGCUGCAAUGCGUUGUUCGAGGACUGCCAGAAAGAAGGCUGCUGUGCUGCUGGGUACCUGGGUAGUACCGCUCGACCUCGC